CUGAAUUUUUUCUACUUCGUCCAUUUCCUUCUUUUGUUCAAUUUCACUUUGGUUCUGUUAGUUUUUACCAAUCUCGAUAAGAUUUAUCCAAAUACUCUUGCCUUGACAAAGAUAGAAAGCAUCGUGUGGGAAAUGUUUUCUAGGAUUGAAGUUUGAAGAAAAGAAAUCAAAAUGGGAGCUGUUAUUGGUAAAGCUGCAAAUGGCAUCGGUGCGGCUAUAGGAAAUGCUUUUACUGCUCCGUUCAAAACCAUUUUUGGUGCUUCCUGCGAAGAUAUUUGUUCAGGAACAUGGGACUUUACAUGUUUUAUCGAACAUCUAUGCGUCUCCAACAUUGUCAGAUUGUUGAUGGUCUUGGGGCUAUGUUAUAUCAUUUUGAUGUUCAUCUAUCUUAUGUUUCAACUGGGGAUCGUACAAUGCAUAUGUAGAAGCCUAUGUAAAAUGUGUUGGUUUGCUUGUCGGAGUUAUUGUCACGCAAUACAAGACUUCACUUGUUGUUUAUGGUACAAACUAAAGAACACAAAGCGGGUUAACCGCCGACGUUAUAGAGACAUUGAACAAGGUUAUAGUUCGAGCGAAGACUCAAUGCAGAGAUAUCGGAGUUUGAAUGUAAGCAGGAAAAGAAAAUGGAAUAGAGAAAAAAAGGAUAGAAGGCCUCAUUACCCUGUGAAGCUUAAGUCGUUAGUAAGGUAUCAAAGUAGAAAUGGAAGUCGUCACCACCAUGAUUUACGUUGGAAGACAAGUGAAGUUUCUGUGCACCUUAAUGGUGGGUCGAGACGACUAAGGAAUUCAAAGCAACUUCAAAUCAGAAGACCUGGAAAUUUUGGAAAACAGGUGAAGGUGUUUAAAAGGAGAAAGAUGAUCAGGUGAGACUCACACUGUAAGAGUACUACUAGUUUUCACCCUACAAUCUUCAUUAAGUUUCCAGCAUGUACCUUAACCGAUUAAUCAAAACUAAUCAAUAAAAUGCAAAUGUCAGAUUCAA